GAGCUUACGGUGGGGUGAAACACAGAGGAUCAUGAACCUGUGUAUUUUGGUCAUUGAAUUCCCGAUUACGCAACAUUUUGCCGUUGAAGAAGCAGCCAGAAGAUCUGUCUGCGUCUUCAAACGAACCUUCGUCUCCUCUCGAUCCGAUCGCGUUACACCUCUCUCCCCCUCUCUGUCUCUCUCGUUUUCUGUUUCUCGGGUACCAAAUCUCUGAGGAAUUGAUCCGGCGAGAAUCGUCGUCGGAUUGUAUCGGAAGAACCAGAGGGGGACGUUUUACCCGAUUUGGUGAACCAUGGAUGUGCCUAGCUCCUGGGACGCUUUACGCAAACAGGCUAGAAAGCUUGAAGCUCAACUAGACGAGCAGAUGCAUUCAUAUCGUAAACUUAUCUCAUCAAAAGUUUCAGCAAAGUCAGAUGCUGCAGAGAGUGAUCUUGAAGCUGGGAUCGAUUUGCUCUUAAGACAGCUGCAACAAGUAAACACACAGAUGCAAGCUUGGGUUUCAUCAGGUGGAUCAGAAAUGGUCUCGCAUACCUUAACUCGCCAUCAGGAGAUUCUUCAAGAUCUGACACAGGAGUUUCACCGACUUCGCUCCAGUCUUAGAGCAAAGCAAGAACAUGCUUCACUUAUCGAGGAUUUCCGAGAGUUUGACCGGACACGGCUAGACUUAGAAGAGGGUGUUGGCUCUACAGAACAAGCUCUGCUCAAGGAGCAUACAUCAAUUAACCGCAACACAGGGCAUAUGGAUGGCGUCAUUUCUCAAGCUCAGGCAACACUUGGUGCACUCGUUUUUCAACGUUCAACUUUUGGAGGCAUCAAUUCAAAGCUAGGAAACGUUAGCAGUCGUCUCCCGACGGUGAACCAUAUUCUCUCGGCGAUAAAGAGGAGAAAAUCAAUGGACACCAUCAUUCUAUCGCUUGUUGCAGCUGUAUGCACGUUUCUCAUCUUCAUCUACUGGCUAACCAAGUAAGGUUCAUGAUUUUGGUUCUUGUGGCUCACGUCUCCUCCAUCUCCGUCCCCUUCGCCAAUGUCAAUAUGCACCCCUCGGUGUCUCGCUCCCUGGCCCGUAUCUAUCUCCUCUUGUCGCGUGUCACUGCUAUAUCCCCCCAGAGUAUUCGCACCGUAUAUUCUGUCAUAAGAACCUUGUUGCUAUACCAUCAAUGUCUGUGAAGACCCAUCACCCAAAAUUUGUAUACAGCGUUUUAUCCA